CAAAUAUUUUAAAAAAUAAGGAAGUGAUUUUAAAAAAUGCGGAGGAUUUGGCAGUAAAUACCAAACGCAAAAGACUUCGACCUUGUCAUUUUGAGGAUAUUGACGAAGCAAUGCUGAAAUGGUUACUCGUUGCACGUGGUAAGAAUCUCCCUUUAUCUGGACCAUUAUUGAAGCAAAAGGCCAAAGAUUUUGCGGAAGCACUAGGACACCACGAAUUUGAGGCAAGUACAGGUUGGUUAGACAAAUUCAAAAGUCGGCAUGGCGUUAUUCAAAAGACAUUAUGUGGGGAAAGUGCUGACACCAACAUAGAAAACCGUGAUGAAUGGGUGACGAACGUCUUACCGAAAUUAAUUGAAAAUUACAACAUUAACGACAUUUUUAAUGCCGACGAGACUGCUUUGUUUUUCAAAUGCUUGCCAACUAAAACACUGGCAUUCAAAAAUGAAAAAUGCUUUGGUGGGAAGCAAAGCAAGGAGAGAAUAACUGUCCUGGUGGGAAGCAAUAUGACUGGAUCAGAAAAGCUAAAAUUGCUGGUAAUCGGAAAGGCCAAAAAUCCGAGGUACUUCAAGGGAAUAAAAUCUUUAGGUGUCGAUUAUGAGUUUAACAAAAAAGCAUGGAUGACCAGUGAGAUUUUUACGAAAUGGAUUGUAAAACUCGACAAAAAACUUUGUGAUCAAAACAGAAAGGUGUUGUUUUUUGUUGAUAACUGCAAGUUGAGAAACAUUCAUCUCGCUUAUUUUCCUCCCAACAUGACUUCGUUACUGCAACCAAUGGACCAAGGCAUUAUCUACAACAUGAAACAACAUUACAGAAAACGAAUUUUAACGAAUAUAUUGACUCAAGUGGAUGAGGGAAAUUCUGUUAUGGCCAUAGACUUGCUGCAAGCAGUUCGAAAUCUUAGCAAUAUAUGGAAUGUCUAUGUUAAACCAGAAACAGUUGCCAACUGUUUUAAAAAGGCUGGAUUUUCAAAAGAUGUUAUGCAGAUUCCAUUUGAGCAUUGGGAUGAAGAGGACCUUCUUUUAAUAUCGGAUUAGGCCGCUUUACAGUCUUCAUUUAAAAAAGUAGCAAAUAUCGAAGCAUCGUUUGAUGACUACGUAAAUGUUGAUAAUGGUGUGCAGACUUGGGACAAACCAUCCGAAGAAGAUAUUCUCAACAGCAUUUUUGAAAGUCGCGGAGUUCCAGCUGAACCUGAUAACGAUGAACACGAUUUGACCGUUGAAGAAUUGGCAGAAACUGAGGAGGCAUUACCUACGUUGAUACAAGCUGCUUCAUCCAUUAGCGUAAUUAGAGCCUUUGUGGAAAUGAGGAGUGACGUGCCGAUUAAUGUUUUCAACUCUCUACGUGAUUUGGAAGCUUUUAUUGAAAAUGAAAAAUGGAAGACUGUAAUUCAAACCAAACUCACUGAUUAUUUUAAAUAAAAUUACAUAAAAAAUCAAUGUUUCUUUAUAAUGAAGUUUCUAUAUAGUGAAGUGAUUUUCAGGUCCCGUGCGAAUUCACUAUAUGGAAGUUCGACUGUAUAUACAAAUGCUUAUGAAAUUGACUUAAUUUCGAAACAAUAUCCUUUUACAAGCUAAACAAUUUAACAUUUUAUCGCUAAACACCUAAGAGGCAAUGCUAGAAAUACAUAUGCAGGUUUGCAUGUAUGUGACAUAUGUGUAUACUUAAUAUAUUUACUUUCUUG